UCAGUUCAGUUUGUAUCGUUCGUUUGUAGUGAUUGGUUGUGCCAGAAACAUUGCGGUGCUCGUCCGUGUGGGUCCGUUUCGCGUUUGUUCUCCGUUGUGUUGUGCUAGUGUUUGUUCAUUGAAGAAAAAAAAUAGGAAAGAAAAUCCUGAUCAGUGGAAGAGCAGCAUUUUCUUUUUGUGUUUCUCAGUUGCUGAUUUCAUUUGCGCCCCCAAUCGCACCGAUAAAAGUCCAUAAAAGAUCAUCGAAACGUCACCGACCUGUGAAACUCCGGAAUCAGAAUUGCUCCGCCAAAGCAAGGCAGCAGCAGCAGAAGCGGCAAAGACGGCGACAGCUACGAAAUAACCUGAACCAGUAGUACAAAAACCACAAACAUUCAAAAUGCCAGUGUUUCACACGAAAACGAUCGAGAACAUCUUGGAGCCGGUUGCACAACAGGUCUCUCGCCUGGUAAUACUGCACGAGGAAGCCGAAGAUGGCAAUGCGAUGCCCGAUCUCAGCCGGCCAGUGCAGGCCGUCUCGCUGGCCGUAACCAAUCUGGUCAAGGUGGGCCGGGAAACGAUUCACAAUUCGGAUGACGACAUACUGAAGCAGGACAUGCCCGCCUCGUUGGCCCGGGUCGAGAACGCCGCCGAACUGUUGGAGCAAGCGUCCGCAAUGCUGAGGGGUGAUCCAUUUUCCGGUCCGGCCCGGAAAAAGUUGAUCGAAGGCUCCCGAGGUAUUCUGCAGGGUACUUCGUCGCUGCUGUUGUGCUUUGAUGAAUCGGAGGUGCGAAAGAUUAUCCGGGAGUGUAAGCGAGUGCUGGAUUAUCUGGCCGUUUCGGAGGUUAUUGAUACGAUGGAGGAUCUGGUGCAGUUUUUGAAGGAUUUGAGUCCGUGUUUGAGUAAGGUGUCGAGAGAGGUGGGCGCUCGAGAGAAGGAAUUGACGCAUCAGGUUCACAGUGAGAUUUUGGUGCGGUGUUUGGAGCAAGUGAAAAUUUUAGCUCCGAUACUGAUUUGCAGCAUGAAGGUGUUCAUUUUGAUUGCCGAGCAGAGUGGAAAGGGUUCGGAUGAAGCGGCGGAGAACCGAAAUUAUUUAGCAUCACGGAUGAGUGAGGAGAUUCAGGAAAUUAUAAGAGUUCUGCAGCUGACGACCUAUGAUGAGGAUCAAAGCGAGUUGGAUAAUCUGACGGUUUUGAAGAAGAUUCACAAUGCGAUCAAUAAUAAGAUGGAAGCGGCUAAUGAUUGGUUAAGGAAUCCCUAUGCUUUGCGGGGUGGAGUCGGAGAAAAGGCUUUGCGACAGAUCGUUGAUAAUGGCCUGAAAGUAGCUGAUCGUUGUCUGCCUCAGGAUUCUCAUAUUAUUCGAAAACUAGCCGGUGACAUUACUGCAAUGACGAAUACUUUGUGCGAUUUGAGACAGGAUGGAAAAGGAACUACGCCGCAAGCGGAUUCAAUUGCUCGUGAUAUCCGGGAUAAGCUGGGUAAUAUGGAACAAUCCGUGUUGAAUGCGAUUAUGGGUGUGGAUAAAGCUGGACUUCAGCAGACCGCCCACACCGUUCAGGGACGAUUGGAGCAAGCUUGCCGUUGGUUGCAAAAUCCGAGCCAGGAUGAUCGAGGACUUGGUCAGCGUGCCGUUGCGCUGAUUGUCGAUGAAGGUCGUAAAGUGGCGGAAGGACUUAGUGGCCAUCAGAAGGCAGAAGUUAUGCAGCUGUGUGAUGAAGUUGAACAACUUUCGCAUGAUUUCUCGCAGCUCUGCUCAAACGGACUUGGUCAUACUGCCCAGGCUCAGGAUGUUGCUCGUCGAUUGAACGAAAAGCUGCACGGAUUGAAGAAGCAAAUCCAGGACGCCGUUGUUAAUCGAGUCGUGGAGGAUUUCAUUGAUAUAUCUUCGCCGCUGAAACAAUUCAUGGAAGCAGUUGCGUUGCCGGAAGGUACUCCCGGAAGGGAUCAGAACUUCAACCAGAAGUCCAACAAAUUGCAAACCUUCAGCGACCGUGCUUCGAAAACAAGCCGAAUGGUUGCUGCUGGCGGAUCCGGCGGUAACAAAAAACUAGCGGAAGUUCUCCUCUCAUCUGCAUCUCAGAUCGACAGCUUGACACCUCAACUGAUUUCCGCCGGUCGUAUCCGGAUGAACUAUCCAACCAGCAAAGCUGCUGAAGAGCAUCUCAAUAACCUUAAGCAACAGUACGCGGAUACAAUUCUCCGAAUGCGAAAUCUUUGCGAUCAGGCCACUGAUCCUUCCGAUUUCAUCGAAGCUUCCGAGAAGCAAAUGCAGAAGCACUCGAUUCUCUGCGACGAUGCAAUUCGAAUGCGGCAACCGCAGAAAAUGGUUGACAAUACUUCCAGCGAGGCUCGACUGGCCAAUCGAGUUCUGCUGGUUGCCAAACAGGAAGCGGACAACUCCGAAGAUCCGGAGUUUAUUGCAAAAGUCAAUGACGCAUCCGAUCGGCUGCAGCGGUCCAUCUCACCGAUGGUGCAGGAAGCGAAACAUGUUUCAACGAACAUUGCGGAUCCGAUUCAUGCUGCUAAUUGGCGGGAUGCCAAUAAGCAGUUACUUCAAAACGUGCGUAAUAUUCGCAGUGCCAUCAAUAACCUCCCAGAGGUUCCCGAGAUGCCGGACAUAUCGGCUCUUCACUUGAACCAGCAGCAUCAGGAAGCUACUCCGCCUCGUCCACCACUACCGAGGGAAAACAUUCCUCCGGUGCGUCCACCUCCACCGGAGACCGAUGAUGAGGAUGAACUGUUCCAGGGAAUGCCAAACGCAAACCAACCGAUCCUGAUGGCUGCCCACGGCCUGCACCAGGAGGUACGCCAAUGGUCCUCGAAGGACAAUGAAAUUAUUGCCGCGGCAAAGCGGAUGGCCGUCCUCAUGGCACGCCUUUCGGAGCUGGUCCGGGCAGACUCGAAGGGUAGCAAGCGGGAGUUGAUUGCCACGGCGAAGAAGAUUGCCGAAGCGUCCGAGGACGUGACUCGAUUGGCAAAGAUACUGGCUCGCCAGUGCACGGACAAACGCAUCCGAACUAAUCUGCUGCAGGUGUGCGAACGGAUACCGACUAUUGGAACGCAGCUGAAAAUUCUGUCCACCGUCAAGGCUACUAUGCUGGGAGCGCAGGGAUCCGAUGAGGAUCGGGAGGCGACUGAUAUGUUGGUCGGAAAUGCGCAGAAUCUGAUGCAGAGCGUUAAGGAAACGGUCCGUGCGGCCGAAGGUGCCAGCAUCAAGAUUCGCUCGGAUCAGACCAAUCACCGCCUACGCUGGGUGCGCCGGCAGCCAUGGUAUCAGUACUAAAACAGAAAAAAAACCGUCGCCAUUCACAACGCAGCACAAUCUUCUUCGUCUCGUUUCCUGUACGAAAUGUGACCCAGAGCUGGGACUAAUACUUACAAAUCGAUUUGUAAUCUUAGGUGCAGCAACGUCGCCCACACAUAACAAACACAACGAUUGGGACAUCAUACUCCUCCUUUUCUACGUAAAAGUAGUCGUAGUUUAUAAGAACAUUAUGACAGCGAUGUUUUAUUUUGUAUUUAUUAACUAUUAACAUUGUCGUUCAAACAAAUUUUAUAUCUUUGCAAACCGAUAAGUUUACUGCUUUUAAAAAAAUCGCGUAUGUAAACGUAUGAAACAAAAAAAACGCAAGAAUGAUAUUUGCCGAAUAGUGUCUCUUAGUCAGGAAACAAGGAAUUCUAUCUUGAAAAAAAAAACGGAAAGUAUUUAGAAAACACAAACGAAAAAGUUAAUUAGGAAAACGUUGCCAAAAAUCUAAUACAAAAGUGUUAGUAAGCAAAGCUAUUCACUUUUUUGUUGAAUUAUGGAGAAAUUUUACAGCAUCCGCUGGUAGAAAGUGUCGUAGCAGAAGAGAAUAGUCUAUUUUUAUUGAUGUUUUUAAAAGCUACUUUUAUAAUAUAAAUAACUGUGACGUGAUUGACGGUAACAGUGCUAAUAUAACUGAUUGAACAGUGUUACGAGAAGUUUACAUUAAUCUUUAGCGUAGUGUUUCCAAGAGAAAGUUGAUAGACAAAUCUACUACAAUCAGAAGCCGACCACACAGUGCAUUCACUUAUUCUGUUGUAGGUGCAAUAAUAUCUAAACAUAACUCACACACGAAAGUGCAUUGUAGAAGAAAGUAACCAAGUAUUCCUAGCAGCGAUGAUUCUGUUCUCGAACAGGAUCUUAAUUUGAAAGAAACAUUUUUUUAGUGAAAACUAGUAUCUAAUAACCAUUUUUACAGGUUUCGCCUUCGAUUGGCAAUUUGACAGUCCAACAAUUUUGCACUUACCAUCAACUUAGAGCAGCUAAAUAGUAACAAACUUUACUUAUAUUUGUUUACACAACUUUCUAAACGAAUCAGAUACAUAACAAACAACCGACUUAGAAUGUGUUGUAAUAACAAGUGCCUAUUUAUAUUCGUUGUGAACAGUUUUUCUUGUUCGAAUAUUAUAA